UACACCGAUGAUAAUGUAACCAUCACUGAGGACUUUGAAAGGAUUCGAUUCUUUGCUGACUGCAACAAUUAUAUCUCGGCAGUUCGAUCUAACAAGGUUGCAAAAAAAGAGUUUUACAAGUUUCGGGAUGGCAAGGAAAUGCAGCAGGUGCUGAGGGAGGUGGUCAGCGACCACGGUCUGCAGGACCUUCAGUUAACAACAACGGAUAUCGCAAACCUAUACAAAAUAGCUGCCUAUGAAGUUGCCGCCAUGGAAGAUGGCUCGCCUCUUCCCGGAUGGGUUCAACUCUUUCGACCAGAACAUCUCUACGUUCUGGAGGAUGGAUACGAUGUGAGCAAGCUAAAGAGAGAAUCUUCCCCUCGCAGUGUCUUUUGGUUUGGUCAUGCGGAAACCCUAUUGCCAUUGGUGACGAAAUUAAAUCUUUUCAACGAAUCCGUCUCCUCAGAGUUUGGUGGUGGAGAGCAUUUGACCGCCGCGGGUUUUCAGUCGCGUUUGAAACGUCUUCAGCUGGAGGAUUUGCCAGUAACGAACCUCUUCCGUUCUUCACACAUCAUCCCUUUCGCUGGAAACCUAGUCUUCUACCUUUUCUAUUGUCCCAAUCUUGAUGGUGAGCGACAGGAGCCAUCGUUGAACGACUACUGUCUGGAAGUGCGAUUGAAUGAGCAGGUAGUUGAGAUAAUACCCCAGGCAGAGGGACUGUCACGACCCCUUCGGCUACCCCAAGUACUGGCGCACUUCGAAAGUUGUCUGCCCUCGGUGUACAACAAAACAGCCCUGUGUGAUCAACCCCUUAGCUCCCCACCAUCGGCGUGA